AUGAAUGAGAAACAAAUUCUUGGCGUUGCUGGUAGCAGUAAUGAUGUACACCUUAUGACAUUAGAAUAUUAUAACGAACAUAAAGAUGAACUGAAAGGAGAGAAGGGUGACACCGGACCACAAGGACCACAAGGAAUACAAGGAAUACAAGGAAUACAAGGACCUCAAGGCGAAAACGGUUUGGAUGGAAAGGAUGGAAAGGAUGGAAAAACUGCUAAAUCAUGGAUAUGGGACCUUAUAAAUACUGGUUUAACAGCUGCUUCAUAUGGAGUUCUUCAAUACCAAAUCGGAAAGAUAUGGGCAGUACUUGGUGAAGAAGUUUUAGAUGACGUUAAAAAUGCUUUGAACUUCAUUUCAAAUGGUUCGGAUACUAUUAAAACUUUAUCUGGUUGGAUGCAAGAAACAAGGAGUCAAAUAGAUACUGUAAGACGUAUAGCAAACAAUGCACGUACGGGAUUGGAUACUUUACGAGAAGCACAAAAUACACUAAAGGAAGCAAAUGAUAUUCUUGGCUCAGUAUCAGACAUGCAUGAAGAUUGGCUUAAAGGUAUUGACAAAUCUUUAAAAAAUCACAGUCAGUCUAUUGCUGACUACAAGAAAAGUAUAGAUUUUUUACAUAGUGCUAUGGACGUACAUGAUGGAAGCAUAAGGAACUUACUUAAUGCUAACAAUAACUUACCAGGAACUAUUAAAGCAUUUAUAAAGUCCUUUGUAAAACCCGGUGCUCUAACAUUUAGGUCUUUGAGAGCAAGAGCAUUGAAGUCAAGAGAUGCAGAAACUCCAACAGAAACUCCAGAAGAACCACCAAAACCAACAGCUAAUGAAAUAUUGUUCGAAUAUUUUCCAAGGUACUCUGUUCUCAUUGCAUACAUUCAAGAAAUACUUAAGAAAGCAGACUUGACUUUAGGAGAUGAUGAAAGUUCUGUAUAUCUUUCGUUCCAGUUUCAAAUAGCAGAACUUUUGAGACAGAUAUGCUUAAUGUAUGACAACAUCUCUGAUUUCACAAGAUAUGAUGACGACCAUGACCCCGAACACGGUGAAGAAGAAGUUUUACAAACAUCCAUUAAGACAGGAAAGGUUUUAACACAAAGUCUCAUUAUUGACACCAAAGAUGGCGAAGUGGACGUUCUUCAAGAGCUGAAGAAAAAUACUUCUUCGGGAGGUGGUGGUAGGCAUGAACUUGAAAUAAAUGAGAUAGAAAAGAAAUUAGCCGAAAAAGCAGAUAAAGAACAUAAACACAAUAUCUCCGAUAUAAAUGAACUUCAAGCUACAUUAAAUAGUAAAGCGGACAAAAAUGAACUUGACGCAAUGAACAAAGUUUUGAAAUCUCAUAAACACAAUAUCUCCGAUAUAAAUGAACUUCAAGCUACAUUAAAUAGUAAAGCGGACAAGAACCACGUUCAUUAUAUAACUUCAGACGAACAGAUUAUAACGGACUACCAUGGAUAUUUAACACGAAGUGAUGAAGCGAAGACAAAAAAUGUUAAUGAAAGAAGAUAUAAAUACAUUCGUGCUAAAGGUUAUGACAUAAGCUGUACUGUACAGUAUGA